GAUUGGACAAUCAGCAGGAAACCAAAGGAAUCUUAAGAUUCCGAGUAGGAUCCUCAGAGACUAUACGUGGAGGACCCCAGAAGCCUAGCGCCAGUACGAAGUACCGGCAGUCUACGCGGACCGCCUUCGGCGUCCCGGCUCAGCAGACAGCGGAGCUGCCUGUCCGAGCCGGGUCGGGUUUCAUGCUGUUUUUAGGUAUAAACUCUUUUAAACCUCCAGUCAGAUUCUACCGAACCCCUAAGGAUCUACCUCCUUUAUCUAAAGAGUUAAUAGAGAUCACUCAUGGACUGUGUCUAGGCGAUAUUAAUGUUCAGAAACGUACAAUUCAUAGGGAAUUCUCGGCUUAG